CCCGGAAACCGUCCUCGCGUCGCCGUGGGAGCGGCCGCUGGUUUCUCCUGCGUCGGAGGAGGAAGCGCUGGGUGUCUGCGGCUGACGGCGUUCCGGGCCCCUGGAGCGCGGAGUGCCGGGCUGAGGCCCUGUUUUCCUCGGUGCGGUGAUGGUCAUUGCCCUCCUGAACAGGGAUGGAACAAAUAUCAUCCCAGGAUGCAGCAGGAUCACCAAGGGUCCAGUUUCAGUCUUUGGAGGGCCAGUCUGAAUGUCUUUCCCCAGAGCUUCAAUUUCUGCAGGACACCGAGAUGGAACAGGGAUUCACUGGGGGAUUUCCACUUUCCAAGCCUGAUGGGAUCUCCCAGCGGGAACAAGAUCUACAGGUCUUUGAUCUGGAAACUAAGAAUAGAGACGUUAUAGGAGAUGACUGUUCAGAUGGAGAGACCAGAGACGAAAACAAGCUGUUGAUUCCUAAGCGGAAAAUUUCAGAAGAAGUAUGUUCAUACAAAGUGAGAGUAGGAAGACUCAAGCAGGAUAUCGCCCAAGUUCCUGAGACCAGAGAAGUCUAUAAGUCUGAGGACAGGUUAGAAAGGCUCCAGGAAAUCCUAAGAAAAUUUCUCUUCCUGGAGCGAGAGUUUAGACAAAUAACAAUUAGCAAGAAAACCUUCACCAGUGAGAAGAACAGUGAACCUGAAAAGAGUUUCAGUCUGGACUCUGCCCUUGAUACAGACCAGAGAGUGCUUAGAAUACAGACCAUUGAGGACAGUAAGUACGAUGUGAACUUCAGUCAGAACCCAGCUGCUGGUGAACUUGAACAUGCAAACCUAACACAGACUUUUCAGAGUAGUGACUAUAAAGAAAGCUUAAUGGACCUGUCCCACCUUAAUAAGUGGGAGAGCCUUCCUACCCCUGACAGAUCCUAUAAAUGUGAUACAUGUGGAAAAAUCUUCCAUCAGGCCUCUGCCCUCACCAGACAUCAGAGAAUCCACACUAGAGAGAAACCCUACAAAUGUAAGGAAUGUGAGAAAUCAUUCAGUCAGAGCUCAAGUCUCAGUCGACAUAAAAGAAUACACACUAGAGAAAAAUCCUAUAAAUGUGAAGCGUCUGAUAAAUCCUGUGAAGCACCUGAUAAAUCCUGUAACCAGAGCGUUGAUAUAAUUCAGCAUAAGAAGGUUCAUGCCAAAGCCAAGUCUUACAAAUGUAGCAGCUGUGACAGAGUCUUCAGCCGUAGCGUGCAUCUUACUCAGCACCAGAGAAUUCACAAGGAGAUGCCCUGUAAGUGCACCGUGUGUGGCAGCGACUUCUGCCACACUUCGUACCUAGUUGAACAUCAGAGGGCCCAUCAUCAAGAGAAACCCUAUGAGUAUGAUGAAUGUGGGCUGGCCUACGUUAAACAGCAAGGAAUUCGUUUCCGAGAAAAGCCCUAUACAUGUACUGAAUGUGGGAAAGACUUCAGAUUGAAUUCCCAUCUUAUUCAGCAUCAAAGAAUUCACACAGGAGAGAAACUACAUGAAUGUGAUGAGUGUGGAAAAGUUUUCAGCCAAACCUCAUGCCUUAUUCAGCAUCACAAAAUGCACAGGAAGGAGAAAGCGUAUGAAUAUAGUGAUUAUGAGGAAAAUUUCAGUCAUUCAGAUCUUACUCUGCAGCAAGAAGUUCCCACUAGAGAAAAAGUCUUUGAUUGUGAUGCCUGGGAAGAGAACUUCAGUCAGAGAGCACACCUCAUUCACCAUGAAAGAAUCCAUACCAAAGAGAAACCUUAUGAAUGCAGUGAACUUGGGGAGUCAUAUAGUCAAGUUCAGGCCUCGUUCAACAUGUGAGAAUUCAUAGCAGGGGAAGUCACAUACGUGCUUAAUGUGGUAAAGUCUUCAGUUGUAGCUCAGCCCUUACUCGGUAUCAGAGAAUUCAUACCAGAGAGAAACCCUCUGAAUGUGAUGAAUAUUGGGAAGUUUUUUGGUGUUAAACUUGUAAUUGACUCCUGUAGAUCCAUACCAGGAUGUACUGGACGUGGUCUAUAUAUAUCAUUUUCAUACCUUAGUUACAAUUGGGGAAUUUGAACUGGAGUAAAAUUCCACUACUGAAUGUGAAGAAGCCAUCAGUCAAAGAAACUAUCUUGUUGGUUCAGUGUCAAAUUCAUGCCAUGCAGAAAGCCUACGAAGAAAAAUGUGUGGGUAUGUGAGGAAAUUCAUACUGGAGUGCUCCUUCAGCAUCAAAGAAUCUUAUACCCAAGAGAAGUCAUUGGGUGUAAUAAAUAUGGCAAGUCUCUCAGCAAGGGUUCAUCUGUCAUAAUGAGAAUAUACCAGAUGGGACUCUGGAUCUAAUGCAAAUGUCAGAAUGUCUCUAGGAGAUGAGACUGGUAAAUGCAAACACUGAAGUUUGCCACUAUGUUUCAGGCCUUAUCCAAUAUCAAAGUAUUUGAGAGAAAAUUGUUACACAUGUAUACUUGUUCAUAUUUAGCCCCAGUCUUUCCUUGCAGAAUAAUCUAAUUCAAAAGGUAACUUGGUGAAUACAGUCAUUUUCUCAUGGCGUCCUUUAAUAUGUAAGUGUUCUAAGUAGGUAUGAGUAUUUUAUUUAUAGAACUCACUUAAGCGAUCUUUAUUUUAAUAUGCGCUAUAUACAAUUAAAAAUUUUUUUCCUGAAAUUGAUUCUUAUUCACAGCUUCCCUAAGAUACUGUUAAAUGUAUCAGUGUUGAUAAAACUUCUGGAGAGUAGCUUAUUUAACUUUUUGUGGUGUUCUUGACCCAAGUUCUCUCCAAAAUAGACUCAGGCCCAUUCUUUUCUGAGGACCCUACAUCCUAUUGUUCCUUUACAGCUACAACCCUUGGAUUCCUGCAUUCUCUUAGGCACCUUUAAAUGAUGAUUUCCUAGUGGUAAGCUGCUCACCAGCAGAUAAUGCUGUUCCUGCUUCCGUGUUGCUGGUAUGAUGUCUUUCCUAACGUGAAGCAUCUUUUAAGAGAGUUGAAUUUCUACAUCAGCCACCCAUGAGUUUGGAGGAUUUGUCUUCUAAGUUUGUGGCGGGCACCCAAAUACUUCCAAGAGACAUCCAUGUUUUUAGCUGCCUUGUUUUCAUCCACAAUCCUCUAAAAAAGAUGACGACGACAUCAGGGAGCCAAUAAGAUCCCUGGUGGCCUAGCUACAUUCAUUCAGUGCCUAUUUUGCAUGUCUACAUUCAGAAUUCUUUUAUAUGCCUGUAUUGAAGGCCAACAAAAUGCUCAGGUCUGCUUUUGAAAAAAAAUCAGAGAACUUUGUAAGGAAUACAGCCUUCCAAUAAAGAUGUUGCUGUUCUUUGGUAAUAUAUCUAGACAUUAUAUGAAGAGUGUGACAGGUCCAUUCCUGAUAAAAGUUUAACCAUUGGGAUUGUUUCUUUAUCUGUUCUUUAUCUGCCCCCCCCCACUCCCUUCAUCAAGCCAAGGAUAGUAUUUAAAGUGUGGGGGCUCUAUGUAGAAUUGUUCAUGCUUUGCCACACUUUUGUUUGGAGAUGUAGUCUCACUUUGUUGCCCAGGUUGGCCUUGAAUUCCUGGGCUCAAGUGAUCCUCCUGCCUCCCCAAUAGAUGGGACCAUAGACAUGCACCCCGGUGCCUGGAUUUUAUCUUUGUGUUUUAAUAGAAUCUACAGGCUAUAUAAGAAGAUCAUGACUGUUUUGAUUUCUAAAAGUGAUCACAGAUGUUGGCUCCUGACUUCAGGGUCACUGCCUGAUAACCUAAACAGACUUCAUGAUUCUUUGGAUGUUGUCAAAGCAUUUUAUUGGUUUUUUCCAUCUUAAACUUCAUAACAUUUUGUGAAUAAGACAAGUGUUAUUUAAAAUUCUAGUUGUCAAUCAAGCAGUUGAGGCUUUCAUAGUCCAGAUGUUGUAGUGAUCACUAGAGAUCCUCAACAAAUAUAUGAAAAUAUAUUGCUCACUCUAUAAACCUUGUGGCUAACCUCUAAGAUAGCUCUGCCGCUGUACUGUCCUUUCCAUCAGCAAGCAUAGUAUCUCAUCAGGACAAGAAAAUCAACAUAUAUCCAAUGAUCUAAAUGUAAAAGCAAAUGAAAAGUGCAUGUUUUUUUUCCCUAUCAAACAUGUAUGCUCUUACUUAUAGAGACCGGUAGUCCCCUCUGGUGACUAUGAAGCAGAAGAUUAAGUAAUCCCUAAAUAGCAGAGUAUGUAAAAAUCACAUGUAUGCAUUUGGUUUAGGAAUGUGCUUUUGUACUACUACUUGAAUAAAGGUGUGCUUGAUACUCUGAGAA